GCACCCCUGUCUGUUAGACUUGCCUGGAAUUUUGGAAUGCUUGGUACUCUGCAUUAACGCUUGUAAAGAUUAUUGAUGCUUGGAUGCUCUUGAAUUACAAGCCAUCGGUGAUAUCAACUAAUGAGAUGAGGCUUUCCCAUGUUAUUUCAUUUCUUUCUUUUGUCAUCUGCUUGAUUCCUGCUCCGGGGGUGCUUGGCAAAAAUGAAAAAGCACCAAGCAAACGAGGGGAGAAACAAGCUUUUGCUCCAAGUGGACAAUUUUCAACCAAACAUCAGCAUGAAUGCACAUGGGAGAUUACUGGGGAUCAGAUAGUUAAUUUCACUGUGCUCUGUAAUCAGCAAGGUGUUAACAGCUACAAUUGCACAUAUACCGGUGAGCCACUAAAGUGCCCCUCGUACAAAACGAAAGCCAAGCAGUACUGGAAGCAAAUUUUAGGGAAAUUUAAGAAAGUGAAAAAUGCAUGUGAGGAGAAGAUCUUAAGGUCACGUAUCUGUAAAAAAUCAGCGGCUGUGGAAUCCCAGCUCACAAAAGUAGAUGUAGGGGCUGACGAGCAAGGAAAAAAUAUCAAAACCAAAGGCAAAACUCACAUUAAAGAGUCUGCAAAGGGGGCAGAGCAGAGACCAAAAAGCCCAGAAGUAAGUGAAGACGAUGGGGGAGACCAGAAAAGCAGCUCCAAAAAGAGGAAACCUGCCUCUAAGUCCAACCACAAGCCCAGCCCACCCACUCCUUCAACUCUACCCUCCUUGGCCACCGCAGCCAGAGAAGUUAAUGAUGAUAUUAUAGAACUGAAUGAAGAUCUGGCAGAAACCUACUGUGCAGAAAAGUGGCAUUCGUUGUGCUCUUUCUUUGUCAAUUUCUGGAAUGGUUAAGGGCAUAAGAAUUGUGGGUGGGACAGAAAAGGACCAGACCUAAAUCUUUUUAUUUUAGCUAAAAUUUGCUAACUCAGGAAUUCAUUGUUAUUCGUAAUAUCACUGACAAAUCCUUUAAUACUAAAGCAAGCGUAGGCAUGUCUGCAUUUAUGCGUUGUUUUCAAUCAUGUAUUUUUUUAGACUAGUAAACUUGUGUAAGCCUAGUCAGAACUCAAUCACUAAUGAUGAUGGGAGUUGCAGUUCAGUGACAACUGUAAGAUCUAGGUCUCUACCCUGCUGGUGCAGACUGCUGUCAUAUGGUGCUAUGCUAUUACAGAGGGCAAUUGUGAUGAAUUUAAUCAUUCCAUAUUAUAUUCUGUCUUAUAACUAGAAAUGGUUUUUGUGAUAUUUAAUUCAGUGAAGCAUAUUUUUAUGAUCAAUAUUUACUGUCACAUUUGAAUAUCCUAAUAAAAUGAUUUGAAAGUA